AUGGCGCCAAAGGUAGAAGGAGAGCAGAAGGCGGCGAAGAAGGGACCCAAGAAGGAGCCCGCCGCUAAGAAAGCCGUUCCCGCGGGGAAGAAACCCAUCGGCGAAAAGAAAGAGAAGAAGAAGGCUCGCAAGGCCGUGACAGAAACGUACAAAAUCUACAUCUACAAGGUGCUGAAGCAGGUGCAUCCAGACACGGGGAUCUCGUCCAAGGCCAUGUCGAUCAUGAAUUCUUUUAUAAAUGAUAUUUUUGAGAAGCUCGCGACGGAGGCGUCGAAGCUCGCGCGGUACAACAAGAAGCCGACGAUCACGUCUCGCGAGAUCCAGACGGCUCGCGCCCCGCUGCCCCGUCGCCUAGAGCGCCCUGCUGCCCCGUCGCCCAGCGCGCCCUGCUGCCCCACCACCCAGCACGCCCUGCUGUCCCGCCACCCAGCGCGCCCUGCUGCCCCGCCACCCAGCACGCCCUGCUGCCCCGUCGCCCAGCGUGCCCCGCUGCCUCAUUCGCGCGAGCAGCAGCAGCAGCAGCGCACUGCUGCCCUCUAG